UACUCCUCCCACUCCUCGGCAGCACAACCACAAUGGGCAACGCUGCGCUGCGCGGCCCGGCGGUGGAGGAGCGGCUGACGCAGCCGCGCCGCCUGGUCCGGCAGCUCUCCGACCUGGACUCCGACCGGCUCCGGCGGCUCAUCCGCUCCGGCGACCUCGCGCCGUGCUUCGACGCCGCCGAUGAGGACGGCCGCGCCGUCGAGUGCCCCAUCUGCUUCCACUUCUACCCGAGUUUGAAUCGAUCCAAGUGCUGCGGCAAAGGGAUCUGCACAGAGUGCUUCCUGCAGCUGAUGCCGUCCAAGGCUUCCAGAGCUGUCCACUGCCCAUUCUGCAAAACUGCAGCCUACGCUGUCGAAUACCGCGGUGCUAGAACCUUGAGUGAGAAGAAACUUCAACGAGAAGAAGAACAGAACGUUCAUGAGGGUGCAACGAGAACACAUUCCAAGAACGCCGGUGGACAUAUCCUACUUCCAUAGGAGUCCCAAGCCUGAUUUUGCAGUGCUAAAGGCACCCAAACCAAACUGUUGAUUUUUCGGACCCUUCGAGAGAGAUUUCAUUGCUUCCAUGACAGUACCUGAAAUGUUUCAGAUAUUAUUUGUCUGCAUGAUUUUUAGAGAAUGAAAAGAAUUGUUUUAGAUA